GAGAUAUUGGUAUAUAUAGCAAGAGAUGGGUGUACUACAGUAGAUUUAUUUCGUAGACCUGGUAACCCGAAAGAUACAAGAAUUAUUGUCCAGCGACUGUCAGAAGGGAAACCAGUAGUUUAUUCUGAUUAUAGUUUUUAUACACUAGCUUCUGUAGUCAAGAAAUUCCUGUUGAGAUUACCAGGUGGUGUAUUUGGUCCUGAUGGAGAAGAAAGAUUAUUACAAGUUUUAACUCUAGGACAUAGAACAGAACAAUGUCAGGCUGUUCACGAGUUUAUUGAAACAUUGAGUGAACCUCAUCAACAUUUGAUAGCUUUAUUAUUUGGAACAUGGUUUAGGAUGGUGGACCAUUCCGAGAUUAACUUCAUGUCUGUGGAAGCGUUGUCUAGGAGCUGUGCUGGAAGUGUAUUCCACACUUGU